AAAUUUCAUAAGAGUUUAAGUAUUACAAUACAAUAUCAGGARAACUCAAAGGAAAAUUAUGGGUAAAAAAAGCAGAUCCGGCCGAUCCCGUGGAUCACAAUACUCRCAAAGAAGUUCAUUGCAGGUUAGRGGACAACAAAGGACUGGUAGGGCAACCCCGCCAUCCGGUACCAGACCACUGGRCUCACGCACUGCUUCUAUUGGAAGUGAAGCCGGGGCUGGUUUGCCAGUCUCUUCGGAAACUUCGCUGAGAAGACAACAACUACAGCAACAGAUUAUGGAAUCACAAAACUUGUCCAAAAGAAUAUCGACGUCAUCUUCGGUCAGAACAAUGAAGACAAUGUCUGGAUCAGGUYACUCAUCCUCUAGUGACCAACCGUCGCAAAAUGUCAUCGAAGAUCUUGACAAACUGCGAGAUAUUGGCUUCAAUAUAGACUAUCCAAACGGAUUAUUAGGAGAAGGAUAUUAUGGACAAGUCUAUAGAGGAACGUACGGUCCACAGGCCGAAGGUAUACAAGGAUUGCCAGCCAAUCGAAGAUUUGCUGUUAAAAUCAUUGAUUUUGGCGACAAAUCAGACGACGACACACUYAUGGCCAGAGAGACGUUUGAAACGGAAAARUAUAUCCUCACAGAAGUGAAUCAUCCGAAUGUAGUUGUCGUCCGUAUGGCCAUCAAUAUGGGUACAGUCAGACCAUUCCCUUUUAGAACCAACAAAAAUGCCGAGUAUUUAUCACCCGAACGGGUCUAUCUGUUCAUGGAUUUUGCUGAUAGGGGUGAUCUGCAAACAUUCAUUGACAAUCACUGGCAAACUAUGACAUCUCAUUUGAGAAUGAAUUGGAUUAUUGAGCUAUUUUCAGCACUAUAGUCGCCAAAUGGACUGACUUCGGACUGGGAUAUGUGGCACCCAAUCGUCAGUAUCGUUUU